AUGGCGGAUCGAGUGGCUUUGACGACGGAGACGGCAACGGCAACGGGGACUCCUCUCACAGAUAAUAUACUUCAAUUAGGUUCUUAUAAUAUGACGACUAGAAGAAUGAGAGUGCCAACAUCUGAAUCAAGUGUUGUAACUCCUAAUGAGGUCGAGUCGGAGCCAACAUGCUAUUGUGGUCUUCAAUCACCAAUUCUUACCGCAAAGACAAGGAAAAAUGCAGGAAGAAGGUUUCAUGGAUGUGCUAAGUUUGAUGGUCCGAGUUGCUGCGAUUUCUUCAUGUGGGUUGACCCGAAGAUACCAGAUCGAGCAAGGGACAUGAUAGUCGACCUCCUUGAAAGAAAUCAAGCACUAUGUGAAUCAAGCCAAUCGAGGCGUGAUGAGGUCGAUGUGAGCUCAUUGCUAACUAAAAUGAAGACUCAAAGGGCGAAAAAUAAACGUUUAAAGGAGGAGCUCGCACAAGUAAAGAAAGAAAAGAUGCUAUAUCAAUUGGCAUUCGUUCUAUGCAUGUGUUGUAUGACUGCAUUGGUUAUAUGUAAUGUGAAAGUUGGUGGGAAUUUUCUAAGUCUUCCAUAG